UCGGAAUUUGUUUUAUAUUAUAUUUCUUUAAAUUGUCGGCUGGUCAUGGUUUUUGUUGUUGGACUUGAUAAUUCUUUCUUGUAUCGCGGGCUCGAUAUUUAUGUAAAUCGUUAUCUCAUAACAAAAACAAAUGUAACAAUGGUUUAUUAAAAUCUUUCAUUAAAAAAGGAAUGUCUAAACUGCCAAUUUAAGCGAAUUAAAGAGUCGGUAUAGUUUGGUGAAACUUUCAAAAAACUUCGACAGUGAAAUGAGGGAAAACCGCAUGUUUUAUCAAUUAUUCGCUCUGUUCGCCAAAAGACGGUUUACAAAUGAUACUAAACGUACAUUGCCUCGUUUAACGAAUUUCACUAAAUUGCAACAUAGAGGAUUUUUCACAUGUUCACCUCAUCAUAAGAUGCAUCAUUAUCAACCCAAGGUGGUAUCUUCACCACAACACGCCGAGCUGUUUGUCGCAUCACUUGCGAAGUCUGAUCGACUCGUUCUACGGAAGCGUUGCAUAAAAUUGACAACACAUCCGGUGAAGGUGAAGUUUUAUCCAAAUAAUACGAAUCCACCAACUUGGAAUCAGCUUAAAUUAGCUGCCUACCACACGGCAAUACCAUUUGUGGGAUUUGGUUUCCUUGACAAUGCUAUAAUGAUCAUUGCUGGAGAAUACAUUGAAUUAAGGAUUGGUGUAACAUUGGGAAUAUCUACGAUGGCUGCUGCAGCCCUUGGAAACAUUGUGUCUGACGUUUCUGGUUUAGGAUUGGCAGGAUAUGUUGAAUCGCUUACCACCAAACUUGGAUUUGAAGGGCCACAGUUAAACUCAUCCCAACUUCAAAUGACAAGAACAGUUAUAGCAACAAAUUUGGGCCGAGCGUUUGGUAUUGUCCUUGGUUGUUUUAUUGGCAUGUUUCCACUUUUACUCUACAAAGAACCUGUUAACGAGCACAUUGAUAAUGAGCAAAAUGUUAACGAGCAAGCUGUUUAAUGAGUGCUUUGUAAACAAACACAAUGUCAAUGUUGUUUACAAACACAAUGUCACAACUGUGUGUGACAAUGUGUAAACAAGCACAAUGUCACAACUGUGUGUGACAAUGUGUAAACAAACACAAUGUCAAUGUUGUUUACAAACACAAUGUCACAACUGUGUGUGAAAAUGUGUAAACAAGCACAAUGUCAAUGUUGUUUACAAACACAAUGUCACAACUGUGUGUGACAAUGUGUAAACAAGCACAAUGUCACGUUGUUAAUAAGCAUCAUUAGCAAUAAAAGACAAACAGGCUUUAAUAAAUAGGUUUUAAUAAAGUUUACUAGUCUUUUAUAAAUUGAGUGAAUAUAUCUUUGCAAAAGCCAAAGUACAUGGACCUUUGCACUAAUGACUUUAGUAUUUUGUGCAGCAGGUAGCAUAAAGAUAGUCAAUGAUUUUUAUUUAGAAAAUGUGAACCGAAUUAUGGAAAAAUAUUAUCAAUAAAUAAUAUGUAUUACAACAGA